UCGGAAUAUGUCCGCAAGGCGUGUAGGCAGGUUUAAAGAGUUGACAUACGGGUGCGAUGGGACAAAAACAGGAGUUUAUCCUAUCGGUCGCAGCGGGCACUCCAUGGUGGCUGAUGACGCCAAUAUUUAUGUUUUUGGUGGAUACAAUCCACGCGGGUGCAUUCGCGAGGACACUGAAUCUGCAUGUGUGCUCGUCGAACUUUGGAAAUUCAACUUCGCCACCUGGAAAUGGACGAACCUGACAUCCCCUGGGGUGCCAGACACGUGCGCCAGCUCGUGCAUGGUCAUGAGAGGGAAGAGGCUGUUUGUGUACGGGGGGACAGGAUUUCCGUUCGGUGAAAUGAUGAGCAAUACUGUCAAAGUGUGUGAAUGUAGUCUUGGAAGUCGGCGUAGGAGCUACUGGUAUCUUCUUGAAACCAACCCAAAUGUGUAUAACUGUUUAGAUCUAGGCGACAAUAUGCCCCCGAGAGCCUAUGGACAAAGUCUGAUAUUCCACGAAGAUUGUUUAUACACGUUUGGGGGAGCGGUUGGAUUUUAUGACGAGGCUGUAAACGAUCUUCACCGUCUCAACUGUCGUACAUUAAUUUGGGAGAAACUGUCACCGGCAGGGGAUGUGCCCCCUGGGCGGUAUAAGCAGGAGGUGGCGUUAUACAGAGGAAGGUUUUUCGUGUUCGGAGGCGGGCGACUUCAUCUCACAGAAGAGCUCAAAAGCAUAUUUGCCUACGAAGUGGCUGCAAACAGGUGGGAGGAAAUCAGAACAGCCCGGGAUCCAUUACAUGGUUACCCCGCCGCCAGAUGCAGUUUCGGUUUGGUUCAGAUUGGGGGCUGGGUUUAUAUCUGCGGGGGGAGAUUUUACCUGGACUCGGUGCCACACGUGGGUCUCACAGACAUAUGGAAAAUAUCCCUGGAAUCGUUUCAGUGGUGUAGAGUGCCUGUCGUUCUUCCCGAGAAGCUGUAUUUUCAUCGUGUGGUUGUCUCCCCUUCGUAUCAUCUCUACGUGUAUGGUGGCGUGACGGAUGGAGGGGUCAGGUCAUCGCGCAUGUUCAGAUGGAGAAUUCCGUAUCAUGUGCCGAAGCUGAUGGAGCUGUCGUGGGAGACGGUGUCCAGACACUUCUGGGCCCUGGACACACUGCCCAAGGAAACUCUGGAGAUGACCUAUGGUAUUCCCCGGCAGUUUGUCGACCGCAUUACAUAAACAACGCAAAUAGUUACACUCGCAUUUAACCCCGUGCCUUUCAGUGAGUACUCGUCCACGUUGUAUCUUCACCGAGAAACGUUUUAAGAAAUGACACAUGGACUACAAACCGCUGCUCGGGCUAGUUCCGCUUGUUGGUGUUUAGCGAAGACGGAUAUAUCUCCCUCCUCCUGUAAAACAAGCUGCUUUGAACACCUGGCAUAAAAAAAAUCAAACUGAC